GAGAGCGCAGGGCGAGAAGGUCUGAGUAAGGAGGACGUCGAUACCAUGCAGAAAAUCGGAUUUUUUAAACCACAUGAAAAGCCUCCCUAUCAAAGCCGUUAAUGAGGGAAUAGGUGGUUUGGUGAAGAACACUCUGCCAUCAUGGGGAUUCACUUAACUUCAGUACUUGUGCUCAUGCAGCUCUGUGGCUGCAUAGCAAACCAAAGGCUGGGAGAGACGGCAUUGCCUGUGCAGUUCACUCACUCUGUUUACAAUGCCACCAUAUAUGAGAACUCAGCUGCUAAGACCUAUUUAGAAACUCCAUUAAAGAUGGGCAUUUAUCUCACAGACCCAAGCUGGGAAAUACGGUACAAGAUUGUGUCGGGAGACAACGAGAACCUCUUCAAAGCUGAGGAUUACAUGUUGGGAGAUUUUAGUUUCCUGCGAAUAAGGACCAAAGGUGGGAGCAGCGCCAUUCUCAACCGGGAGGUCAGAGACCACUAUCUGCUUAACAUCAAGGCUGUAGAGAAAAACACCAAUGCUGAGGCGCGAGCCAGAGUUCGAGUUAAGGUGCUGGACACCAAUGACUUGAGGCCACUCUUUUCGCCCACCUCCUACAGCAUCUCCCUACCAGAGAACACCGCCAUCAGGACCAGCGUGGCCAAGGUCACUGCCACUGAUGCUGACAUUGGAACUAAUGGCGAGUACUACUACAGCUUCAGGGAGUGGACUGAUAUGUUCGCAGUGCAUCCCACCAGUGGAGUUGUGACACUUACUGGAAAGCUGGAUUACUCUGAAACCAAGUCGUAUGAGCUGGAGAUCCUGGCUGUCGAUCGUGGCAUGAAACUGUAUGGGAGCAGUGGCUUCAGCAGCAUGGCUAAGUUGACGAUUAGAGUCGAACAGGCCAAUGAGCAUGCCCCUGUCAUCACAGCUGUCACGUUGGCUCCCUCAGACACAGACAAAGAUCCCACUUUUGCCAUAGUGAGUGUAGAGGAUGGAGACCAGGGUGCCAAUGGGGAGAUUGCAUCACUCAGUGUUGUGGCGGGGGAUCCCCUCCAGCAGUUCAAGGCUAUGCGGAUUAGCCCAGGGAGCAAGGAAUACAAAAUUAAAGCAGUUAAGGAUGUAGACUGGGAUAGUCAGCCGUUUGGAUACAACCUCACUCUACAAGCUAAGGACAAAGGAAAUCCUCCUCAGUUUUCAUCUGCUAAAGUUAUUCAUGUCACAUCCCCACAGUUCAAAGUGGGCCCCCCAAAAUUUGAGAGGCCCGUUUACCGUGUCAACAUCAGUGAAUUUGCACCACUCCACACACCAGUUGUUAUGGUCACAGCUGUGCCAAAAUAUCCACACGUGAAAUACACAUUCAGGCAGAAGAUGGAGAAAAAUCUUUUUGCCAUCAAUCCAGACACUGGACUUAUCACUACUGCUGGACCCAUCCGUGCUGACUUUGUCUCCAAAUUUGAGCUUGAAGUUGUCACUAGCGACAAAAAUGCAGCUACUAAAGUCAUAGUGGAUGUCACAGAUGUCAACAACAAUGCCCCGGAAUUCAAGCAGUCCUCAUACAAGGCCAGUGUUGAUGAGAAUAUGCCUGUAGGUACGAGUGUGCUAACCGUGAAGGCCACAGAUUUGGAUGGUGGUGAAAAUGGUUAUGUUACAUACAGCAUUGCUAAUGUCAACCCUCAGCCAUUUGUCAUUGACUAUUUCUCAGGGGUCAUCAGCACCUCAGAACAACUUGAUUACGAGCUCAUGCCACGGAUAUACAAUUUGAAGGUACGGGCCUCAGACUGGGGCUCACCUUUCCGCCGUGAGGUGGAGACGCCGGUCACAAUCACUUUGAACAAUCAAAAUGACAAUAAGCCCCUUUUUGAGAAUGUUGACUGUGAUGUAACUGUUCCAAGGGACCAUGGUGUUGGUGAGCAGAUUACUACUGUGUCUGCCAUUGACGCUGAUGAGCUGCAGCUUGUAAGGUACAGAAUUAAAGCUGGUAACGAAUUGGAUCUCUUUGACUUGAACCCCAACUCCGGUGUCCUUUCCUUAAGACAUCCUUUGACUGACGGUGAGGCAGCCAAAGUGUCCAUCCAUAGGUUACUAAUCAUUGCUAGUGAUGGAGAGCGUGAAACACAACCGAUGAUCAUGAACAUCACUGUCGUAACUUCACACAAGCCAGUUCAUGUCAAAUGCGUUGACACUGGUGUUGCCACAAUGCUGGCAGAGAAACUCCUUCAGGGCAGCAAAAUCCAUAGUCAGGUGGAACCCGAGGAACACUUUUUAGACACCCACUCAGUGAAUCGCUUCGCUCCACUAUUCAGUGACUCUUUCCCAAGUGUAAUUGAGGUGAAAGAGGAUCUGCCAGUAGGAGCUAGGAUUGUGCAUCUCUCAGCAUCAGAUGCAGACAGUGGUUUCAAUGGAAAACUAGUUUAUGUCAUCUCUGGGGGUGAUUCUGAGAGCCGCUUUGUGGUAGAGAUGGAUACUGGCUGGCUCCAAGUGUAUGCACCCCUAGACCGUGAGUCUAAGGAUCACUACACCCUUAACAUUACUGUAUAUGACUUAGGGAUACCCCAGAAGUCUUCAUCACGCCUCUUAGAUGUUACGAUUCUUGAUGCUAACGAUAAUGUCCCACAGUUCCUCAAGGAUAGCUACUCUAUAGAAAUUAGUGAAAGUACAGCAGUAGGGACAGAAAUCAUUCCAGUGCAGGCAAAAGAUAAAGACCUUGGAGAUAAUGGAGUGGUCAGGUACUCUAUUUUGGCUGACACCGGUCAAUUUGCUAUUGAUGAGGAGACAGGUAUUGUGAGUGUGAAAAAGCCUCUGGACCGAGAAAUACAUCCAAGUUUCACUCUGCGCAUUGCAGCACGCGACCAAGCCACUGCUGAACCACAGCUUGUGUCGACUGUGUUGCUCAAAAUUGUUCUGGAAGAUGUCAAUGACAAUCCCCCCAAGUUCAUCCCACCCAACUAUCGGGUAAAGGUACGCGAGGAUCUUCCCAUCGGUACUGUGAUUAUGUGGCUGGAGGCCCAUGACCCUGAUGUGGGACCCUCCAGUCAGGUACGAUACAGCCUGGUGGACAAUGGGGAAGGGAAAUUUGAAGUGGACAAACUCAGCGGUGCUGUGCGCAUCGUUCAGAACCUGGACUAUGAGAAGAAGCAGGUGUACAGCCUCACAGCGAAGGCCAAAGACAAAGGGAAGCCAAUGUCCUUGUCUUCUACCUGCCACAUUGAGGUAGAGGUGGUGGAUGUGAAUGAAAACCUUUACAGGCCUUGGUUUCCAUCGUUUGUGGAUAAAGGAUUUAUCAAAGAGGAUGUCCCCAUCGGUACAUCAGUGAUGAAAGUUUCUGCUCAGGAUGAGGAUAAAGGCCAAGACGGUGAAGUGCGAUACUCCAUAAGGGAUGGCUCAGGCCUCGGGAUUUUCUCCAUCGAUGAAGAGACUGGUGUCAUCCGCACCCAGGAGCUCCUGGAUCACGAGACCACGCCGCACUACUGGCUGACCGUCUACGCCAGCGACCGCGGGGUGGUUCCGCUCUCGGCCUUCGUCGAGGUCUACGUGGAGGUGCAGGACGUGAAUGACAACGCGCCGCAAACCACCGAGCCCGUCUACUACCCCACCGUGAUGGAGAACUCGCCCAAGGACCUGUCCAUCAUCCAGAUCGAGGCCUUUGACCCAGACAUGCGCUCCAGCGACAAGCUGUCCUACCGCAUCACCAGUGGCAACCCGCAAGGCUUCUUCGCCAUCCACCCCAAGACAGGUCUGGUCACCACUACCUCAAGGAAGCUGGACCGGGAACAGCAGAGCGAGCACAUUCUCGAGAUCACGGUGUCUGACUAUGGCGUGCCAGCCAAGUCUACAACAGUGCGUGUGGUGGUCCAGGUGCUGGACGAGAACGACAACAAGCCCCAGUUUCUGGAGAAGAUCUACAAGAUCAAGUUGCCCGAGCGGGAGAAGCCGGAGAAGGAGAGGGCCCUGAAGAGAGACCCCGUUUACCGCGUUAUCGCCUCCGACCGCGACGAGGGACCCAACGCCGAGAUCUCCUACAGCAUCGAGGAAGGCGACGAGCACGGCAAGUUCUUCAUCGAGCCCAAGACCGGCCUGGUGUCCUCCAAGAAGAUCUCCUCUGCAGGCGAAUAUGACAUCCUUACGAUCAAAGCUGUGGACAACGGGCGUCCCCAGAAAUCCUCCACCUGUCGGCUGCACGUCGAGUGGAUCGUCAAGCCCGCGCCGUCGGCCACCCCCCUGGCCUUCGAGGACUCCCCCCUCACCUACUCCGUCAUGGAGAGCGACCCCGUGGCUCACAUGGUGGGGGUCAUCGCCAUGGAGACCAUAGAGACGCCUGUCUGGUUUGAGAUCACAGGUGGGAACUACGACAGCCGCUUUGACGUGGGCAAGGCAAGUGGUACCAUCAUCGUGGCCAGGCCCCUCGACGCCGAGCAGAAAUCAAAUUACAACCUGACGGUGGAGGCAACAGAUGGAACCACAUCUAUCAGCACCCAGGUGCUGAUCCGAGUGAUCGACACCAACAACCACCGACCCCAGUUCUCUCAGCCCAAGUAUGAGGUGAGCAUAGCGGAGGACACGGCGCCGGACACGGAGGUCCUGCAGAUCAGCGCCACCGACCUGGACGAGAAGAACAAGCUGACCUACACGCUCCUGAGCAGCACCGACCCAUUCAGCCUGCGCAAGUUCAGACUGGACCCGGGAACCGGAGUGCUGUACACUGCCGAGAGACUGGACCACGAGACCAUGCGGACACACACGCUCACAAUAAUGGUCAGAGAUCAAGACAUCCCAGUGAAGCGAAACAUGGUGCGAGUCAUAGUCAACGUGGAAGACACCAACGACAACGCCCCUUGGUUUACCGGAAUCCCAUACGUGGGGCGCGUCUUUGAGUCGGCGACCGUCGGCUCGGCUGUCCUCCAGAUCACAGCCCUGGAUAAGGACAAGGGACAGAACGCCGAGAUUAUGUAUAGCAUCGAGUCAGGAAAUGUUGCAAAUUCAUUUGCCAUUGAUCCUGUCCUGGGAACCGUUACUGUGGCAAAGGAACUUGACCGGAAUAGUCAAAGCCAAUUCCAGCUGGUGGUGAAAGCAUCAGACAAGGGAACACCAUCCAUGAGUGCCACAUCAACAGUCGACAUUACUGUGACAAUCUCUGACAAUGCCACGCCAAGGUUUACAGAAAAGGAGUACUCUGCAGAAGUUAGCGAAUUAGCCCCGUCUGGAACCUUCGUACAUCUAGUUUCAGCUAGCAGUCAGUCAUCUGUCUUCUACCAGAUCAAGGAUGGGAAUAUUAACGGAGCUUUUGACAUCAACCCCAACUCAGGAGUAGUGAUAACUCAAAUGCCACUGGAUUAUGAGGCAACUCCUUCCUUCAAGCUCACCAUUCAGGGGACCAACAUGGCAGGACAGGCGAGCAACACCUCUCUGCUUGUCCAUCUGAAGGAUGAGAAUGACAAUGCACCGGUAUUCAUCCAGGAAGAGUUCAUUGGGAUAGUUACUGAGUCAGCACCUGUCAACAGUGUCAUUUUGACCAGAGACAAUACCCCAUUAGUUAUUCGAGCCGUAGAUGCAGACCAGGAUGCCAGCUCUCGUUUAAUCUAUCAGAUUGUGGAGCCAUUUGCCCAUAACUACUUUGCCAUAGACUCUAGCACAGGGGCAAUCAGGACCACCACUGAGUUGGAUUAUGAGCAGAGAAAUACUUUCCGCUUCACUGUACAGGUUCAUGACAUGGGAAUGCCCCGACUCUUUGCUGAGAAGGCUGCAAAUGUAACCAUCGAGGUUAUUGAUGUUAACGACUGCUCACCAAAGUUUAACCAGGACCAUUAUGAGACCUCAGUGUUAGUGCCGACAUACAAAGGGGUUGAGGUAGUUGCAGUCAAUGCCACAGACUCAGACUCUGGGCCUAAUGCCAGACUUAUCUAUUCCAUCUCAGAUGGCAAUAUUGGAGACAAGUUCAAAAUGGACCCCGUUUCCGGCAUCAUCUCCAUACAGAACGUCACACAGCUGAGAAGCAGGUACGAGCUCAGGGUAAGAGUGUCUGAUGGCAGGUUUGCUAGCACAGUUCCAGUAAAGAUCAAUGUUAAAGAGAACAAAGAGAGCACUCUGAAACUCAAGCAGACUUCAUACAAGGUCACAGUUCAAGAAAACUCUUUAGAAAAGAAGACUUUGGCUGUCAUCACCGCUGUUGGAAAUCAGGUCAACGAACCACUUUUCUUCACCAUUCUGAACCCUGAUAAGAGGUUUGAAAUUGGCCGCACCUCUGGAGCCCUGUCAACCACAGGCAUACCAUUUGACCGAGAAGAACAGGAUACCUAUGAUGUGGUGGUCGAGGUGACAAGGGAAGACUUAGAAGAUGUUGCCCAUGUUCUGGUGGUAAUAACUAUUGAGGAUUCUAAUGAUAAUCCACCCGUGUUUCUCAACCUACCAUACCAUGCCCUUGUCCAGGUAGAUGCACAAGUGGGCCAGGUCAUCCGACAAGUCACGGCUGCAGAUGCUGACAUUGGUAACAAUGCUGAGAUUUUUUAUCACCUACAAGAACAAAAUGACUAUGUCGAGAUAAGCCAGACCGGUGAAAUUUCCCUGAAAAGACAGUUUGAGAAAGAAUACCUGAACACUGAAUUUGUAGUAACUGUUGUCGCAAGAGACGAGGGUCAGCCAUCCCUUUCUGCCUCUGUAGAGGUCCCGAUUACUGUGGUGAACAAAGCCAUCCCAUUGUUUGAGAAGUCAUUCUACAGUCUGGAAAUUCCUGAGAACAUACAGUUGCUUACUCCAGUUGUGCAUGUUCAAGCUAAUGAAUCAGAAGGUCCUCGUAUUGUGUACACCAUCUCAGAAGGAGAUCCUCUCAGUCAGUUCGCCAUCAACUUUAACACUGGAGUUAUUCAGGUGAUUCAGCCGUUGGACUUUGAAACGCACCCGGCUUACAAGUUGAGUGUGAGUGCAACAGACUCUCUGACUGGUGCACAGUCCAGCGUGUUCGUCGAUAUUAUUUUGGAAGAUGUCAAUGACAACGCUCCGGUGUUCCAAGAUAAGUUCUAUGAGACAAGCCUCUCUGAAGCCUCAGUAAUUGGAACAAUUGUGUUGCAGGUCACUGCCACGGAUGCAGACACUGGAAACAAUAAAGUCAUCUUCUACCAGAUAAUAGAGGAAAAGGACAAGAGCUCAGAUUACUUCACUAUUGACCGUGACACUGGUGUCAUUUCGACAUCUCGGGCGCUUGACCAUGAAGAAAUGACCCGGCACAAGCUGACUGUGAGAGCUGUUGAUGGAGGAGUUCCCGCUCUCUCCAGUGAGGUUGUUGUCACAGUGCAUGUCACGGACUUGAAUGACAAUGCUCCAGUUUUCUCACAGAGAUUAUAUGAGGCCAGUGUCAGUGAACUGGCACCUCGUGAACACUUUGUCACCCAAGUGCAGGCGUCUGAUUCUGACAGCUCAGAUGCUGGCAAGUUGGAGUUCUCCAUUCUCUCCGGCAACGAAGCACAGAACUUUGCCAUGGACAAAAGUACUGGUGCCAUUAUCAUCUCUAACCACAGGAAACCACACAUGGAGCCUCUCUACAAUCUCAAUGUAUCUGUUUCUGAUGGCGUAUUUAGGAACUGGGCCCUUGUUAAAGUAACAACUGUUGGGGCUAACUUCCAUAACCCAACUUUCCCUCAAGUUGAUUACGUUGUUGAACUGCUGGAAAAUACCCCUGCAGGCACCUUGGUUGCAGAGGUUGAGGCAAAUGAUGAUGAUUCAGGAACCUAUGGACAGCUGACCUACCAUAUUUUAAAUGACUUUGCGAAAGACAAGUUCUCUGUUAAUGAAAGAGGCCAGAUCUUUACUUUGGAGAGCUUGGAUCGUGAGAAUCCCCUUGAGAGGGUCAUCCCAAUCUCUUUGAUGGCCAAAGACGGUGGAGGAAAGGUGGGCUUCUGCACCAUUAAUGUCAUCCUUACGGACAUCAAUGACAACACACCUCAGUUCAGGGCCGCAGAGUACAGGGUGAAUGUUGCCUCAGAUGUCCCCAGAGGAACCUCGGUGGUUAAAAUCAUGGCGUCGGAUACAGAUGAAGGAAGCAAUGCUGACAUCACCUAUGCGAUAGAGGCUGAUUCUGAGAGCGUGCAAGAGAACUUUGAGAUCCAUCCACUCACAGGAAUCAUUGUGACUAAAGAGAGUCUCGUUGGAUUGGAGAAUGACCUCUACACCUUCUAUGUGAGGGCAAAGGAUGCAGGAAACCUCUCGAAACAGUCUCUUGUCCCGGUCUAUAUCCGAAUUCUUGCCCCAGAGGUGUCUGUACCAAAAUUCGUUGAGCCUCACUACAGAUUCCCCAUCGAUGAAGAUCUCCCGAUUGGUUCAGAAAUUGAUGUCAUCCAGGCCGAGAGUGAACAGGCUGUCGUCUACAGCCUGGUGAAGGGAAACACCGUAGAGAGUAAUCUAGAAGACAUCUUUGUAAUCGACAGAGAAAGUGGGUCCCUGAAGUUGGAAAAGAGCUUGGAUCAUGAGACAACCAAAUGGUACCAGCUUACACUGCAGGCUCAGAGUGAGAACGAAGUAGGAGAGGUUGUAUCCUCUGUGGAUAUCAACAUUCAGGUUAAAGAUGUCAAUGACAACCAGCCUCUUUUUGAGGCAAACCCCUAUGAAGCAGUUGUGGUGGAGAACCUCCCAAGUGGAACCUCUGUGAUCCAAGUGAAAGCUACAGAUCUGGAUUCUGGCACCAACGGUCAGGUAGUGUACAGCCUGGACUCAACCCAAGAGUCGGCAGAGAUUGCCGAGCUUUUUGCCGUCAACAGCGAGACGGGAUGGGUGACGACGCUGAAGGAGCUGGACCGCGAGAAAAAGAGCAAGUACACUGUGGCUAUCCUAGCCACUGACCGUGGGGAAAAAGUACAGCUGGUGGCCAGUACCAAGGUGGAGGUGAUGGUGGCAGAUGUGAACGACAACCCACCCCGCUUCACGGCUGAAAUCUACAAGGGCACUGUGAGUGAAGAUGACCCACCACCGAGUGGGGUGAUAGCCAUCCUUAGCACAACUGACGCUGAUGCAGAGGACAUCAACAAACAAGUCAACUACUUCAUCACAGGAGGCGAUCCCCUGGGACAGUUUGCCAUCGAGCAUAUCCAGAAUGAGUGGAAGGUGUCUGUCAGGAAGGCCCUGGACCGUGAGGAGAGAGACAAUUACCUGCUGAACAUCACUGCCACUGAUGGGACCUUUGUAGCCAAGGCUGUGGUCGAGGUCAAGGUGCUGGAUGCCAAUGACAAUAGCCCUGUGUGUGAGAAGUCGCUCUACGCUGAGUCCGUUCCAGAGAACGCUUCUCCAGGCAGGCUGAUUCUGCAAGUCUCUGCCACCGACGCGGAUAUCCGCUCCAACGCCCAGAUCUCUUACGAGCUGGUGGGACGCAGCGCACAGCACUUCACCAUCGACCCAGACACAGGUGAGCUGAAGACGCUGCAGCCCCUGGACCGAGAAGAAGAGGCCGUUCACCGGAUGAAGGUGCGGGCCCUGGACGGUGGGGGUCGGUACUGCGAGGCUGAUGUGGAGAUUACGGUAGAGGAUGUGAAUGACAACGCUCCGCAAUGCUCAUCGAACCCCUACACCAUCACGGUCUUUGAGAACACUGAGAUCCACACCAUCGUGGGACGUCUACAGGCCACAGAUGCUGACGCAGGCUCCAACGCCGAGGUGGCGUUCUCCCUGGCCGACUCGGCCGACGGCACCUUCUCGGUGGACGAGCGGAGCGGCCUGCUGCGCCUGGAGCAGCCGCUGGACCGCGAGCUGCGCUCCGUCUACGCGCUGCGGGCGCGCGCCACCGACCUGGGCUCGCCGCGCCGCCUCUCGGCGCUCUGCGACGUCAUGGUGUCCGUGCUGGACAUCAACGACGACCCGCCCGUCUUCGAGCGCCGCGAGUACGCCGCCACGCUGGCCGAGGACGUGACGGCGGGCGCCCAGGUGCUGCGCGUGCACGCCACCAGCCGCGAGAGAGAGGGCUCCAACGAGAUCGCCUACGCCAUCGUCAGCGGCAACGAGCGCGGCGCCUUCCGUGUGGACCCCUCAACUGGUGACAUCUUUGUGAUUGAGAGUCUGGACUACGAGACCUGCCACGAGUUUUACCUGACGGUGGAGGCCACGGACGGGGGCACCCCGCCGCUAAGCGACAUGGCCACCGUCAACAUCAACCUGACGGACGUCAACGACAACAGCCCCCUCUUCAGCCAGGGGGUCUACUCUGCUGUGGUCAGCGAGGACUCCGAGCUCGGGAAGACUGUUGUGGUGGUCAUGGCAGACGAUUGCCGACGGGCCCUCCUUCAACCAGUACGCUACUCCAUCAUCGACGGUAACCAGGGCAACCCCUUCACGAUGGACGCGCUGCGAGGAGAGGUGAAGGUGGCUCGGGCGCUGGACCGAGAGAAGACCUCUGGCUACACUCUGACAGUGCUGGCAUCAGACAGUGAACCACCAAGAUCCAGCAGCGCCACAGUCAACGUGGACGUGUCGGAUGUGAACGACAACCCGCCGCUUUUCUCUCAAGCCAACUACACGCUCAUCAUCCAGGAGAACCGGCCAGUGGGCACCAGCGUUCUGCAGCUGACCGUGACGGACCGCGACGCCUCGCACAACGGCCCGCCGUUCACCUUCUCCAUCGUCGGCGGCAACGAGGACAACGCCUUCGAGAUCAACCCCCAGGGGGAGCUGCUGGCCGCUGCUCCUCUGAGCCGCCAGGCCAAAGACCAGUACCUGCUGCAGAUCCAGGUGUCUGAUAGCGGUCGGCCGCAGCUCCACUCCUCGGCUCUGGUGAGCCUGCGGGUGAUCGAGGAGAGCGUGCACCCUCCGGCCAUCCUGCCCCUGGACGUGUUUGUGACGGUCGCCGGCGACGAGUACGCCGGCGGGGUGCUGGGCAAAGUGCACGCCACCGACCAGGACGUGUACGACACGCUGACCUACAGCCUGGCCCACACGCCCGACUCGGCCCUCUUCGCCAUCUCGCCGACCGACGGCAAGCUGGUGGCGGUCGGGGCGCUGGACGCGGGCCAGUACGCGCUCAACGUCACGGUGACGGACGGGCAGUUCGGCGCCACGGCGCGGGCCAGCGUGCACGUGCGGCCGGCCGAGAGCCGCGCCCUGGACAACGCCAUCGGCGUGCGCUUCGCCGCCAUCGCGCCCGAGGAGUUCAUCGGCGACUACUGGCGCAACUUCCUGCGCGCGCUGCGCAACAUGGCGGGCGUGCGGCGCGGCGAGGUGCAGCUGGUGAGCCUGCAGCCGGCGGCCGACGCCUCCGGGGACCUGGAGGUGCUGCUGGCCCUGGAACGUUCCGGAAGCCCCUACCAGCCUCAGGAGGUGGUGUUCCGGAAGCUCAACGCCUCGGUCGCGGUCAUAGAGGAGAUGACCGGCGUGCGCAUCGUGCGCGUCGUCAAGAAGCUCUGUGUCGGCCUGCCGUCCGACUGCCCGGCGAGGUUCUGCCAGGAGACGGUCACCUUGGAGUCGGCCGCCAUGGCGACGUACAGCACAGCGAGGCUGAGCUUUGUCACGCCGCGGCACCAGCGCCAGGCCACCUGUCUGUGUGAAGGAGGCAAAUGCCCCGCCAUGCCCAACCAGUGUGAGGAGGGCUCCUGCGAUGAUGAGCUUUCCCCGGCGGGCCCGGCGCUGACGUUCGGUGGCAGCGGCUACGCCCGCUACCGGCUGAUGGAGAACGAGAACAAGGAGGAGAUGAAGCUCUCCCUCAGGCUCAGGACUUUCUCCAGUCACGCCACAGUCAUGUACGCCAAAGGCACGGACUACAGCAUCCUGGAGAUUGUGAAUGGCCGCCUGCAGUAUAAGUUUGACUGUGGCAGUGGGCCGGGCCUGGUGUCUGUGCACAGCACCCAGGUGAACGACGGCGAGUGGCACAGCGUCACGCUGGAGGUGGACGGCAACUACGCCAAGCUGGUUCUGGACCGCGUGCACGCCGCCUCGGGCACCGCCCCGGGCAACCUCCGCACCCUCAACCUGGACACCAGCGUCUACUUCGGCGGGCACAUCCGCCAGCUGGCCGCGCGGCACGGCCGCAGCCUGCCCGCGGUCAACGGGCUCCGCGGCUGCAUGGAGGCGCUGGAGCUCAACGGGCAGGAGCUGCCGCUGCGUGCCAACGGCCGGGCACCCCACGCCAUGCUGGAUGAGCUGGUGGACGCCGUGCCCGGGUGCAGCCUGGCAGCGCUGGCAGACGGAUGCUCCAGCAACCCGUGCACCAACGGAGGAACCUGCUCCUCUCUGCCCAACGGAGGCUUCUUCUGCAAGUGCACUGCAGCCUUCAUGGGCACCCACUGUGAGAUUGGCAUUAGCCCCUGUGCCUCCAACCCGUGUCUGUAUGGGGGCACCUGCGUCCCGCGAGCAGACGACUACUACUGCCAGUGCCGCGGACAGUACUCUGGCCAACGGUGUCAGAUCGGUCCAUACUGCAAAGAUAACCCGUGUAAAAACAGCGGCAAAUGUAUCGACAGCCUCGACGGACCCGUCUGUGAGUGCGAACCUGGUUUCCAAGGUGACAGGUGCCUGAGCGAUGUGGAUGAAUGUGUGAAGAACCCAUGUGCCAACGGCGGGCAGUGCCAAAACACCUACGGCUCGUACAACUGCAACUGCUCUCGCGGCUUCGGCGGCCAUCUGUGCGAGAACAUCGUCGAGGUUCGCAACGAGUUUGUCUCCACCUCGUGGAACAUCGGCCUGGAGGAGGUGGUGGGCAUCGUGGUGUUCGUGGCGAGCAUCUUCAUCAUGGUGCUGCUGUUCGUGGUUGUGCGCAAGCGCGUGUGCCGCCGCAAGUCGAAGUCGGGAAACGGCGAGGACAACAAGCGCCCGGGGAGCUCGGCGCCGCACACGUUCCGCCCGUACUUUGACACCAAGCUGAACAAGAACAUCUACUCGGACGUCCCCCCUCAGGUGCCCGUGCGCCCCAUCUCCUACACGCCCAGCAUCCCCAGCGACUCGCGCAACAACCUGGACCGCAACUCUUUCGAGGGCUCGGCCAUCCCGGAGCACCCCGAGUUCAGCACGUUCAACCCGGACUCGGUCCACGGGCACCGCAAGACCGUGGCUGUGUGCAGUGUAGCACCCAACCUGCCCCCACCCCCACCCUCCAACUCGGUCUCAGACAGCGACUCCAUUCAGAAGCCCAGCUGGGACUACGACUAUGAUGCUAAAGUGGUAGAUUUGGACCCCUGCUUGACAAAGAAGCCCGUAGAGGACAGUGCUGGUCAUCCUUACAACACCAGGGGGAGCAUGUCCGAGGUCCAGUCCCUCAGCUCCUUCCAGUCAGAAUCCUGUGAUGACAAUGCCUCCAUAGUGACUGUAAUCCACCUUGUCAACUCUGCCGUUGACUCGGUGGGGCGAGAAGACUCAUUCUCAGUUCAUGAGCUCAAGACCCCAAGAGGCUACCACUGGGACACGUCUGAUUGGAUGCCGAGCGUCCAGCUCCCCGGGAUCCAGGAGUUCCCGCAGUACGAGGUGGUGGAGUCCCCGUUAGCGACCACAGGGGCCGGCCUCUACAGCGACCCCUCCGCCAUGGACACCGACUACUACCCCGGCGGCUACGACAUCGAGAGCGACUUCCCUCCCCCGCCGGACGACUUCCCCGCCCACGACGACCUGCCCCCGCCGCCCCCGCUGCCGGCGGCCGACUACGGCGAGCCCUACGACACGCUCCAGACGCCGGGCGCCCCCCACAGUCCGCGCUCGUCCCCGCGCGUGCGCCAGCGGCCGCCGCUGCCCCAGCUCUACAGCCUCAGCCAGUACCUGCCCCAGCACCACUACCCCUCGGACCACCCCGACUCGCCCGACGGCCCGUCCAGCAACACGCUGACGUCCAACACCUCCAACACCGCCACCAACAACACCACGGCGGCGGGCACGGGCACGGGCGGGAGCGGAGGCCGGGGCGGCGACGGCAGCGGCGGCUACCGGGGCGGCUACUCCAUGGGCUACGAGCCGCCGGCGCUGGACAACAUCUCGCUGUCGCUCUACACGUCCACGGCGUCCUGCUCGGACAUGUCGGCGUGCUGCGAGGAGUCUGAGGCCAUGCUGAGCGACUACGAGAGCGGAGACGACGCCGCCUUCGACCGCCUCACGCUGCCCUCGCUGGACUCCCAGCAGCACACUGAAGUCUGACACUGGAUCCCUAGCACCAUGACAACAACAACAACAACAACAACAACAACAACAAAACAUACAAACACACAUCCAUGUCAACAAAAAAAGAAGUGCCUGAACCCUUAACCUGAGAAGAAAAAUAAUAAUAAAAAAAAAUCAUGUAAUGAAUUAAAUACAGUGAUCAAGCCACCUCCGAUGAGCACACUCUCUACACACCACCACAGUGUACACACGCACACAAAUAUGCAUACACACACACCCGAUCGCAACAACUGUGGUGGUUGUAGAGACUCUUUGAGGGCGCAGCGAGGAACUCUUUCCGGUAGCAAAGGAGAGACAGGUGCCAUGAACUCUGAACUCUGUCUCUUGCGAAGCCUCCUCCGCCUGCUGUGAGGGAAAGCACAUUUGAGUUGGCUGUGCCAUUUGCUUUAAGUAAACAGAUAUCACACAGAAGAGGAGCCAUGCUGAGGUGAACAAGCCCAAGAUUUUAAUGAUAAAGGUACUCGCCACCAUGACAAUAAUGAGACCCAUUUCAGAAGGUGAUAUCUGUAUUUGGAUAGGUACAAACCAUGCAAACGCAUUUUUUAUAUGAAUCCUCGUUCAUUUCUAAUGUAAAUUUAAAUGUACAGUUUUGAUUUCAAGGUUUUACUAGGUUUUGUAGAUAUUUUAUGCUUUUUAUUUCCAAAAAAAAAAGAGAAGACAAGCUCUAAAUGUUUCAUUAUCAGCCUUACUGUAUCUACAUUUCACAAAAAAAAAAGUUGUUUAAAGAUUGAGAUAGAGGUGUAUCAGUUCAUGUCUUUCUUCUGGUCAUUUCAAAAGAAAACUCAAAAAAGGGGUCAGCGAUGAGCGACUGCAUAUUCUUGUGUUCUUUUUUUAAUUAACUGUUUAUUUGUUUUGUUUGUAAAUUGCGACUUUGAAACCUUUUAUUUUUUCCACCACAAAAAUGGGACCCAAUAUAUUUAUAGUUGGAGGAGAUUUAUGGACACGUGUCUGUUUUUCAGGUGUCUGUGCGUGUGUGUGUGAGCGACUCUAUUGUCUUGUUAAGGUUUUUAUUGAAUACUGCCACUAGCUCAUGCUUUCAUACUGGCAAUAAAUUAUUCAAAAAAAUAAUAA